AUGGCGGAAACAGAGAAACAAGAACGGUCUCAAGAUGGGCCUAUUCUGCAAAGCAGUUUUCAGGAGGAUGACAACUCGGCUGAACAAGCUUCUCACUCAACUGACCAGACGAACACAAAUCUAUCAAUUGGUGAUGGUCACAAAAAGAAGCUCGGUGUGCUUUGGGGCUCAGCACUUAUGCAGCUCCCGCUCUGGGGCUUCAAUCUGAGUUACGGUAUUUUUGAAGAAUACUGGACAAGCAACUGGACUCUCAAUGGCGAUCUCUCCAUCACUGGCACAGUCGGCACUACCUCCAACGGAGUCAUGUAUAUUUCCAUGCCGUUCUUGUUUGCCAUAUUCACCCGCUACUGGGCUCAUCACCGGAUCAAAGCAGAGCUUGGAGGCCUUAUCAUAGCAUUCCUCGGGUUCAUUCUCUCUUCUUUCAGCACCCAUGUGUGGCAUCUCAUGGUUACACAAGGCGUCAUGGCUGCUUUUGGAUGUACCCUCGUGUACAGCCCAGCAACAUGUUCUCUCGGGGAGUGGUAUGCCACUGGAAAUCGAGCCAUUGCCUAUGGUAUCAUUCUCUCGUGUAGGAAUAUUGUUGGCUCCGUCUGUCCUUUUCUUCUGCGGUAUCUUCUUGACCAAUACGGCUUCCGAUGGACAAUUCGAAUAUGGGCGUUCAUUCUGGCUGGAUCAGGUCUUUUGUCCAUCGUUCUCGUGCCAACGCACCCUUCCAAGAUGGUCGACCGAGAGGAGAAGCCACCUCGCAUACCAUGGACAUUCCUAAAACACCGUGGAAUUUACACGUACUUCGUCGCAGUCAUGGUUCAAAGUUCGGGGUACUGUCUACCGCAGACAUAUCUCCCAACAUUUGCAAGAGAGUUCAACGGCGCCAGUCAAGCUAUUUCUACUCUAUUGCUUACGCUGCACAACAUUCCAGGCAUCCUCUCGUGCUUCUUCUUUGGUUGGCUCACUGACAAUAAGUACCAUCAAUUCUCAGCCACUACUAUUACUUGCAUCUCGGCGUUCGCAUCAUCAGCGUCUGUCCUUUUGCUCUGGGGACUGUCAGUAGACGGAAGUCCAGCCCUUACUCUUGUAUUUGCCAUUGUCUUUGGCUUCUUUGCCGGCGGUUAUAGUGCGACAUGGGGAGGCAUCACUAAAGAACUUGAGAUCGAAGCAGAGAAGCAUGACGAGACUAUUGACUCCAGUCUUACAUAUGGACUUCUGAAUGGAGCUCGAGGUAUUGGCUUCGUCAGUGGUGGCCUUGUUAGUAUCCCAUUGCUGAGCGCUGGAGACACAGGCUGGGGCGGAAGGUUUGGCUACGGAACCAAGUAUGGUCCACUCAUGGUCUUCACCGGCAUUGCGGUCGCUUUUGGUGGCCUUGGAUUGAUCAGGGCUGCAAGGAUAAGACCACACAAGACUUCGACAUCAGGCUGA